GGCGCCCUGCAGAGCCUGGGCGACGACGCCCUCGCGCGGGGCCGGGCGGCCGCCGAGCUGCACGCGGCCCAAGUGCGAGGCGUCGCGUCGGCGCUGAGCAGCACCACCGGGGCGCUGGUGAGGGAGGACCUGCACCCCUCGCUGGCCACCGAGACCGGGAGGUUCCUGCUCACCGUCUGCGGCUUCGAGGCCGCGCCCCCCGAGUACCAGGCGCUGCACGACGUCCCCGUCUACAGGCUGCCCCCCAGCGACGUGACGUGCAAGAUGCUCGUCCCGGUGGUCACAGCCCACCUCGCCCAGUACGACCCAGAGGAGGCGCCGCUGCCGCCGACCGCCGGGUGCGAGCAGGC